AUGCCUGCCGCCCCUCCCACCCACCGCGACCUAGCCCCCUUUAUAGAGGAAGGCGAAGUCAGCGCCAUCGUGUGCGAUAAUGGAUCCGGCAUGGUAAAGGCCGGCUUCGCCGGCGACGACGCCCCGCGAUCAGUGUUCCCCUCCAUCGUCGGUCGCCCCCGGCACCAGGGGGUCAUGGUCGGCAUGGGCCAGAAGGACGCAUACGUCGGCGACGAGGCGCAGUCCAAGCGUGGCAUCCUGACCCUGAAGUACCCCAUCGAGCACGGGAUCGUGACCAACUGGGACGACAUGGAGAAGAUCUGGCACCACACCUUCUACAACGAGCUGCGCGUGGCCCCCGAGGAGCACCCUGUGCUGCUAACGGAGGCGCCGCUGAACCCCAAGGCCAACCGCGAGAAGAUGACGCAGAUCAUGUUUGAGGUGUUCAACGUCCCGGCCAUGUACGUCGCCAUCCAGGCGGUGCUGUCCCUGUACGCCUCAGGCCGCACCACCGGCAUCGUGCUGGACUCCGGCGACGGCGUGUCCCACACCGUGCCCAUCUACGAGGGCUACGCGCUGCCCCACGCCAUUCAGCGUCUGGACCUGGCCGGCCGCGACCUCACCGACUACAUGAUGAAGAUCCUGACCGAGCGCGGGUACAGCUUCACCACCACCGCCGAGCGCGAGAUUGUGCGCGACAUCAAGGAGAAGCUGGGCUACGUGGCGCUGGACUACGAGCAGGAGCUGGCCACGGCGGCAGGCUCCUCCACGCUGGAGAAGACGUACGAGCUGCCCGACGGCCAGGUCAUCACCCUGGGUUCCGAGCGCUUCCGCUGCCCGGAGGUGGUGUUCCAGCCGGGCAUGAUUGGCGUGGAGGGCCCCGGAAUCCACGAGACCACCUUCAACUCGGUGAUGAAGUGCGACGUGGACAUCCGUAAGGACCUGUACGGCAACAUUGUCAUGAGCGGCGGCACCACCAUGUUCCCAGGCAUCGCGGAUCGCAUGUCGCGCGAAAUCACCGCGUUGGCCCCCUCCAGCAUGAAGAUCAAGGUGGUGGCGCCCCCGGAGCGCAAGUACAGCGUCUGGAUUGGCGGCUCCAUCCUGUCCUCCCUGUCCACCUUCCAGCAGAUGUGGAUCGCCAAGAGCGAGUACGAUGAGAGCGGGCCCUCCAUCGUGCACCGCAAGUGCUUCUGA